GGAAGGUGUCUGUGUCUGUGUGUGCGCCGCUGGUGAUGGCCUUGCUGCUGUAGCAAUGACAGCCGAAAAGCAGCAGCCAGUCCCGGGAGCCUCCAGCCUGGCGUCCGUCAACCAGCCGGGGGUGAAAGUCGAGAAGGAGUCGCCGGCUCUCCCGGAGAGCUCAGCGGGCUGCCCGCCUGGGGAGCUGGCCCGGGGGAGGAGACGCAAGCGGCCGAUCCAGCGUGGCAAACCCCCUUACAGCUACAUCGCGCUGAUCGCCAUGGCUAUCGCCAGCUCCCUGGACAGAAAGCUGACCCUGGGGGGGAUCUACCGGUUCAUCACCGAGCGCUUCCCCUUCUACCGGGAGAACCCCAAGAAAUGGCAGAACUCCAUCCGCCACAACCUCACGCUCAAUGACUGCUUCGUGAAAAUUCCGCGGGAACCCGGGCGCCCGGGCAAAGGCAACUACUGGGCACUGGACCCGGCCGCCGACGACAUGUUCGAGAAUGGUAGCUUCUUGAGGAGGCGGAAGAGGUUCAAGAGGUCGGAUAUUACAACCUACCCGACUUACAUGCAUGAAGCCAGCGUUUUGGCCCCACUGCAAGUAAGCAGGACUCACACAAGACCCAUCUAUGCCAAUAUGACUAUCAGUCCUAGCUAUCCUCAGCAGCUUCCUGCUAACCCCCCUCUGCACUAUUCAGCAUCACCCUCGGCGUUCACCAACAGCUCCUGUAGGAUGUUCAGCUUCAGCAAUCACGGCCCACUGGCUCCAGCCUCAGAGCUGACUCAGCAGCCUCCUAUCACCUACACUGCAGAUCUGACUGCUACUGCCUACCCUAACUUUGGAAACCCCGCUUAUCAGACUCAAGCCUGCAACGGGACCCUGUGUUCUCUACCCUCUAACGCCGUGCCGUACACGUAUUCAGCGCCCAGUCCGCGUCCCCUCAUGAGCCAGUCGACUUACUGCUUAGCCAGCGGCCAGAUGUACGGCGCCUCCAGCCGCCUGUCCUGCCCUCCCGCCUCCCUGAGUCAUGAGCCAGUGGAGCCCUUUGGAAGAUUGUCUCCUGGCCCGUUCUCACCUCAGCGGCAGUACAGCAAUAACGAACAGGCCAACUGUGCGAGUACACACAGCAGACACACAGCUUACUGUGGAAAUAUGGAAGGGAUGAUCUAUCCCACUUAGAACCGAAAGAACAAAUCCUUCCUCGGGAGCCCCCGGACAUAAACAGUUAAACAUUGACAGCACAUUUGACACCUUAUGACAAUCCUUGUGACAAAUGUCUUGCAUUGUACAUCGAUCUCAGUGUGACUGAGCAGCUUAAAAGUUGUAAUGUUAAAACCGUGUACAGUUCUUAGGACACCCCCCCCCAAAAAAAAAGAAACUGUUUAGCAGUAUUGCUUCUCCGUUGAAACUCGGAGGAUGAUGGUGUGUUUUCUGUUUGUUUUCUGAUCAUCAAUUGGGAUGAAUUUCCAUGAUUCUUCGGAUCAUUUUGAGAAUUGAGUAGCGAUAGAGUGCUCCUGAACACUUGUUGCUUUCACUGAGACCGACCCCAAGUGCACUGGCUUCUAAAACCGUCAAAGCUUCCUACACUUAAUAUUUUCAUUCAACUGCAUUUCAGAUCUUCCACAUUCUCCAACCGUACCAUACUGUCGAUCACUUACACAGUUUUUCUCCUAUUUCAGUGUUUGUGAUUAGGGAGGUUUCGUUGUGUUUUGAACCGUUUGUGUAAGGAACGUUUUCUUUCCCAAUGUAAGGGAUAUGUACAUUUUCAUAUCACUGUAUUCAGAAAAGGUCUGAUCAUCCGUCUUGGAGCGAUGCUUCCCAUGGAUUCGAUGAUCAAAAGAUUCGAUCGAUCGUUGUUUGAAUAUCACACAUCUCUGAAUUCGCUCUAACAAAUAUAACUAACCGCUGAGAACUGUAUACGCCCAAAGAUCUGUCGGUGGGAAUGGUUUCUGGGACAGUUUGUGGACUGCUAAGAAUUUUAUAAGAUGUUGAUUUCAAGUCUAUCACUUCAGUUUAACCUUAAAUAGUAAAUCUCCAGAAGUCUGAGUAACAUUUGACUGGCUUGAGUAAAGAAAAACUCCCCAAUAUUUACAUUCAUGGCGCUGGUUUGGCAGAGUUGGAUAUAAAUUCAAUGUUGUAACAAGCCAUUGAUAAUACACAAUUAAUAAGAAUGUGAUUAUUCAUGAUUAUGGAUUAAAAUAUUAACUGAUAUAUAAAGUAAUGAAACACGGGAAAUCAUCAAGUUCCGUGUGACAAACCCCUAUCAUGGCAGGCUUUGAACUAUGAGCUGAGAGUGGGCCUUGGGACAAACUGGGGCUCCGUCUCAAUCAGCCUCUUCACCCCGGGUUCACCCUUAUGCACUUGCGGAGAGAUACAAACAAAGAUGCGCAUUACCGAGGAGGGUCCCCUCUAGAUUAAGACGCGGACCGAUCACCUUCAACUAAACAAAUAAGGCUAUUGCUUGGCACCAGGGAUUUUCGUUCACUGAAUAAAUAAGAAAAUAUUGAUGCAUAAACCAGUGCAUUGUGUUUAAGACACAAUACAUUAUCCGUCUUUUUUUCUUAGACAGGCUUGCACAGACAGGAAUUUGGACUGGAAAGAAAGAUUCUCAAUCAUGUUUGACAAGUGAAGUUGGCAUGUUUAACUGUCGAAAACAUGGCAGCAGUAUAGCAACGACUACCACUCAGCCAAUGUCGAAUGACAUACAGCACCCAGUUCUGUAUUGUUGUACAUGGGAACAUGGAGCAUGGAGUAGAUCAAAAGGUAGAGACGCAUCCAAAAUCUGAGGUUAGGUUCACUUUUAAACUUCCUAUUUCAAUCGUCCUUCACUAAUUGUCCUUAGGAAGAUGGUUGGUUGAGAGUUGUUACUACUUCAGACAGAGGCCUUUCAGCCGUUUGAAUCUGUGCCAGUUCAGUGUGGAGAAACCCAGUCUGUCCCCAAUCCUCUGUUAUCUUUGUAGCUCGGCAACCUUAUUUUCCUCAAGUGCCCAUCUAAUUUGAUUUUAAAAUUGUUCAUUGAUUCUAUUUCCAUUCGGCAGAGUCCCAGGUUACCACUACAAAGUUCUUCAUGUCCCUGCAUCUCUUAUCCCAAUCUUUAAAAUCCGGUGUCCUUGUUCCAUCGGCUAACGGGAACAGUCUAUUUUCACUGCCUACUUUAUGUGAACCUGUCACAAUCUCUAUAGCUCUACAUCAACCAAAAAUCUCCUUUGGUCCAAUGAGAACAAACCCAGUUUCUCCAAUCUUAUCUUGUAGCUGAAAUCCCGCGUUUCAGAAAUCAAUUUAGUAAAGCCCUUGAUAAGCCCUCACAAGCACUCUUCUUAGAUGCUUCCAGGUGUGUGGUCAGUGACUACAACUGGACACAAUAUUCUAGCUGUGGUCUAAGCAGAGUUUUAUAAAAGUUCGACGUUUGUACUUAAUGUUUCAAUUAAUGAAUCCAAGCAUCCCAUACAUUUUCAUAACCACUCUCACAGUAUGUUUUACUACCUUAAAAAUCUAUUUAUAUAGGCCCGAUAUCGCAGCUCUUGAAUGAUUUCCCCUUUACCUGCUUCUCUUCCAUUGAAAGACAGUCAUGUUUAGU